UGCAGAUUCCAGAUAAAAGUUCAUCUCCUGCGUGGAGGAAGGAGGGCGCUAAAAGACCGCCGCUGUCCCAUUUUCCCUGCUGACAGACUGGCAUUUCUGUUCACUCAUGUUAGACAAAUCUUGAAAUAGCUUUCAAUCUUUCCAACCCCACGUCUUUGAUAGCCAUGCUUAAUGCUCUUUUUUUAUGGAAGGCGCAUUUUCACACCUAUGAAUUCAACCAGGAAAAAUACUGGACACAUUUCAUGCUAUACACUCUUCACCAGUUGAUCCACUUGUAAAAUGACCAUUUUUACCCCCACUUCUCUGCAGGAUGGCUAAACCACUACAAGUUGGCGCAGGUCUCAAAAAGGUGUCAGAAACAGCUAUUAUAAGGUCUAUGAAAGAACUUCUAAGGGACUAUGAAAUAAGGGCGGAAAAAUACGAAACCACAGUUGCUAACUCCAUCCGGAAACAGUUCAGAAAAGCACUAGAGGACGAGCGGUUAGUCACAAAGUUUUUAGUGGAUCCACAAGAUCGACGCACAGUUGAGUAUUGGGAUGAUGAAAAAUUAGCCAAGGCGCUGACAGGAGAAUCCGAUGAAGGUGCACACAAGAAAAGACGCGCAAAAUAUAAAGCUUUAAAAGAUGAUAAACCUCUGGCAAAAAUUCUACCUCUGAUAGACGCCAUUCGAGCGCGAAGAUACACUCAUAUACAGGAGUUGUACGUGUGGGACUGUCACCUAGAACACGACGACUGCAUGGCACUUGCUGGGCUUAUAACCCGUUCGUGUUAUCCGAUCACACGCAUUGAGCUUAUUGACUGCUUUCUGGACGUGAAAGGCAUCAGCAUUGUUGUCAGCUCCGUGGCUCUUUCGAAGAGUUUAAAGGAACUGGUGCUUGAUUUCAAUGAGUUGGGAGAUAAAGGAUGUCGAGUCCUAUGUGCUGGAUUGACAAAAGCCCGUUUUCUUACGCAUCUGAGUCUGGCUUUUUGUGGGCUUACCAAACAAUGUGGAUUAUGGUUGGGGAACUUGGUAGUGGAAACCGCAAUCAGGGAACUAAUUCUGGAUGGGAAUCCUCUGGAGGCUGAGGGCGUCAUAGCACUCUUGAGUCAACUAGCCGAGGCAGCCGAAAACGAAGGAUUCGAGCGUGCAGAGGAAGCGAGAAGGAAGCAGCAAGCUCUAGAAGAGGCGAGAAGAGCAGGUGGGUUUGACAUUAUUCCGCUUUCUAUGAGUGAGUUUAGUCCGCUCCGUUAA